CCAGAUGUGACGACACAUCUGGACCGCCUCUCGGCGCUGCGUCCUCGCAUCUGUGACGUGUGACGACUGGGCGGAGCUACAGUGGGAGGAAGAUAGUUAUAAAUACGAACAGGCCCUGUCUGUCGGGGACGGAAAUCUCAAUAGUCCCAACACAGAACAGGAAGGCACACGCACGGAGGACGGACACUGUAUGUAAACCGAUGUGUAAUUGAAUUCUCAGCCUCAGAGAAAACCCACACUAAUCGCCACUGACCCACAGACGAAACAGUCGUCUGGCAGAUGGAGAAACAGACCGGAGCUGCCGGGGCCGCGGACGGAGCAGGGCCGAACAGAAAGCACUGGGGCUCGUCGACCAAUGGACCAGCCGCGGGUGAAACCCUGGACAGUCCAACAGGUUCCCAUGUAGAGUGGUGUAAACAGCUGAUAGCAGCCACCAUCUCGAGUCAAAUCUCAGGAUCAGUCCCAACUGACAUCAUGAACAGGGAUAACAAGCAGGAUUUACAUGAUGAAGGGCUUUGUUACCACGAAGAAAGUAAUUCUGAGCAUCCUUCCAAUGCUUCGAACCUGUCAGCACUGAGAUAUGGGGCACAAGUCGGAACAUUCCAGAACCAGGUUCCUCUGCUGCCAGGAGAGACCAUCCGCACUACAGUCAAGGAUGUGAUGUAUAUCUGUCCAUUCAGUGGUCUGGUUAAUGGGACCCUGACCAUCACAGACUACAAAUUCUACUUCACCAGUGUGGAAAGGGAGUCUCCGUUCAUUCUUGACGUUAACCUGGGCGCUAUCAGCAGACUGGAGACGAUCAGUGUUCCCAACCAGGGAGAGAACACCAAAGGACUUGAACUGGUCUGCAAGGACAUGAGGAGUCCCAGGUUUGCCUAUAAGACAGAGGAGACCCAUCCAGAUGUGGUUGAGGCGCUGGCUAAACAUACCUUCCCCCUCUCCCACAACCUGCCUCUUUUCGCUUUUCUUUACAAGGAGCAGUUUCCUGUUGACGGCUGGAAGGUGUAUGACGCAGCAGCCGAGUACAGGCGUCAGGGUCUCCCAAAUGAAAGCUGGACCAUUAGUAAGAUUAACAGCACCCAUGAACUGUGUGACACCUACCCCUCCAUCCUGGUCAUCCCUACCAACAUCAUAGAUGAAGACAUCAAACGUGUUGCUUUGUUCAGAGCUAAGCACCGCAUACCGGUCUUGUCCUGGAUCCAUCCAGAGUCUCAGGCCACCAUUGUACGAUGCAGUCAGCCCUUAGUUGGACCUUCAGAUCGUCGCUGUAAAGAGGAUGAAGGCUUCUUCCAAAUCAUCAUGGAUGCAAACGCCCAGUCCCAUAAACUCACCAUCUUUGAUGCCCGGCAGGGUAGUGUGGCAGUCACUAACAAGGCAAAGGAUGGAGGGUAUGAGAGUGAAAGUUUCUAUCCAAACGUGGAGCUGAACUUUCUCGAAAUCCCCAACAUCCAUGUUAUGAGAGAGUCACUGAGGAAGAUGAAGGACGUGGUUUAUCCCACCAUAGAUGAAGCUCACUGGCAUUCUGCUAUUGACCAGACACACUGGUUGGAGUACAUACGGCUUUUAUUAGCGGGAGCAGCAAAAAUAGCUGAUAAGGUGGAAUCUGGGAAGACAUCGGUAGUGGUACACUGCAGUGAUGGCUGGGACAGAACUGCUCAGCUCACCUCUCUGGCCAUGCUGAUGCUGGACAGCUACUACCGCACACUCAGAGGAUUCCAGGUUCUGGUGGAGAAGGAGUGGAUUAGUUUUGGACACAAGUUUGCCGCACGUGUGGGUCAUGGCGAUGAGAACCAUGCUAACUCUGAGCGCUCCCCCCUUUUCAUCCAGUUCAUCGACUGUGUUUGGCAGAUGACUCGACAGUUCUCAGCAGCGUUUGAGUUCAAUGAGCUGUUCCUGAUCACGGUGCUGGACCACCUCUACAGCUGUCUCUUUGGUACAUUCCUUUAUAACAGUGAAGAGGAGAGGGCAGCCAAGGAGGUGCAGACCAAGACUGUGUCCUUGUGGUCCUACAUUAACAGCCAGCCGGAGGACUUCACCAACCCCUUCUAUGUGGAUUAUGAGCACCAUGUUCUGUAUCCACUUGUUUCCUCUAGACACCUAGAGCUGUGGACCAGCUACUAUGCUCGCUGGAACCCGCGCAUGAGACCACAGGUGCCAGUACACCAGACUCUGAAGGAGCUGCUGUUUCUGAGAUCAGAGUUGCAGCGAAGGGUGGAAGAGCUGCAAAGAGAGACGUCCUCCCACUCCCUGUCCUCCUCCUCCCCCACUCAUACCACGGGAACUCCACUGCACAAUGCUGUCUGACACACACAUACAUACACAGGGGAUGGUCCCCCUGCUGUCUAGUGACGUGGAUAUUUCUGUAUAACACACCGGCUUGCCUGCCAAUUUACCUUUAAAACACCUGUGUUGGAGUGGAAUCAGUUGAAUGUUUGAUCCUCACCUGAUUCAGGGUGCUGUGUAUGAGAUUUCAGAAAAGGCUGUCCUCUCUCCUACUGUUAUGGGUAUUGUUUGCAGUUUGACGGUUCAAGUUUGUAUAAAGGCGUUGCAGAGGUCCAUUGCUAACAACCUUUCUGAACAGAUGCCAUUAACCUCAUUAUUUCCGUGUCUAUUUGUAAAACUGUGGCAAUGAGCUUCUUCUUCUUCUUCUUCUUCUUCUUCUUCUUCUUCUUCUUCUUGGAUGAAGGUAGUGUUCAAGACACUGGCAUUUUGGCCGGACCUCCCCCAUCCCCUGACCUACAAUUAACCAUAUUAGUCCCCUACCAUCCUCUCCAGUGUUGAAUGAAGAUGAGGUGAAUGAUAAUGAAUUAUCCUGUGGAAACCAGGUUGCAUAUGAGCAGCUCCCUCUGGUGGAUCAAGCCUAUCCAAAACAAUCACCGGCAAGGGAGCGGAGGACCAGGUCUUCAAAGCGCCCACCCCCUCCUGUCAAUAGAGCCAUGGGUGGUCCCAUGGCUGCCGAUUAUAGUUCUUCUAAUGCUCUCCUCUAACAAGGUUGGCCACUUUCAUUAUCGUGACCUACCCUCAACAUGCGCAGGUGCUGAAGACAGAACUCACCCCCCAUUUUGGAGGAGGUUAAAGAAAGCCAUGAGAAGGGUAGAGUGUGGUUUUACUCCUCAAACAGGACAGAGGACUUUGGCCAUUCUGGGGCUUGGGCAACAAACAAUGCUUCCAGGUACCCAUCUGGCAGGGCAUUGGAACUUCCUUUUGAAUAUUUGGUAUCUCUUUUUCCUGAAAAUUCACCCAAUGCACGGGCAAAGUGUAUCUAUGUAUCCAUAGGCAGUAAGGCCUGAAUAACCUCGGAGACCGGCUGGGCUAUGCUCAGAGGAGCAGUGCUGCUGUCAGGUGACCUGACGUUUUGUCCACUCAAAGUAUUUUUUUCCUGUGUUGUAGCGUGUGGGUCAAGGUGAUGGGAACCAUGCUAACUCUGAGCAUUCCCCCCUUUUUUCAUCCAGUUCAUCCACACUGUUUGGCAGAUGACUCGAAAGGUCAGAGUCCUUCAUCAGCCUUCAUAAACCUAAGAGAAAGAAGUGUGUGGUACCCAAGGCCUGGCUCUGCACCGUAACUGCAAGAAGAGCAAGUUCCAGCCUUCCCCAAUGAAAACAUUUCUGCGCAUGGUUCUGGACUCCAGGAGGGUGACCAUUGUACUGAUUUCAGAGAGGCAGCCGGCUUUUUAAGCCUGUCUCAGUUGCAAUCUCGGGUCGACUAGGGGAGCUCUGCCUUCAUAGUGGGCCUGAUAGAAGCCAUGGUGCAAGUAGUUCCUUUUUGCUGUCUUGCACAUGAAAGAAUGGGUCGACGGACACUAGACUGGUGUAGGGUGACCCAACACAUACAUGUUCUGGAGAUGAAAGCUGUUGUCCUUGCACUUCACAGUUCUUGCAAAGGUUAACGACUCACAAUGUCAUUGUCAGUAACGGCAGGCUACAUCAACAGGCAGGGGGCCUAGGCUCCUCAACCUUUGCAAGCUGGGAAUAAAACUGUGGCUCACCCCCUCUUCUGUUCACCCAGAGCAGUACAUGUCCCAGGGCUGGUGAUCUUAAUCAGGGCAGUUUCUGUGCUAUGUUUGAUGCAGAAGCAUGAUUGGAAUUGUUUGAAGAGGUUAUUGUUCUCGAGGUAACUUUGGAGUUGAAAUGUAACUACUUUUGCAAGGAUUUUGGAGAUAAAUGGUAGAUUGGAUAUGGGCCGGUAGUUGUUUUGUUCGUUUGAGACUAGUCAAGUUUUUUUUAGGUUUGGUUUGAUUAUGGCAACUUUGAGGGAAGAGGGACUAUACAAGUAGAGAAAGGGGAGUUAAUAAUAGAGGUCAUCAGAGAAAUGAGGAAAACGUGCUUUAACUAGAGUUGGGGGGAUUGGAUCCAGGUGGCAGUUUCGUGAAGAUACCAGCUUUCUGCAUUUUUGAACAGCUGUUUCUCCCCCCUCUAAUACCUAAACACUGCCUUACUGUUUUCCUGUAUUUCCUGUCAUCAUUGCUGACCACUUUGUACUCUACCUUUGCUUCAACAAAUACUAUAAACUGCACUGUCUACCUGUGGAA